CUUCAUCAGGUUAGAUCAACAUCAAUAUCAUUGGCGGGGGAACUUGUCGGCCAACGGUCGUAGUUCCUUCUCAGGUAAAGGUCUACCCUCAGCUUUGAGCUUCCAGCCCAUCUCCAUAAAUUUCUUUUAGCAUCACCUCGGUGAUGCAACAAUAUGAGUUACCCAUGCACUAAUAUCACACGACACACCUUGUGAUUUCCGGCGCUCAGGUCAUACCCCUUCCUCUACCUCCAUCAUCAUGGCCCCCAUCAUCCGACCAGCCACAAAAGCUGACCUGUCUGCCCUCUCCAACAUUUGCUUGCUCACCGCAAACGCGGGCACAUCAUCCGAGCACUUGCAUUCCCAUCCUGCCCUCCCAGGUCUUAUCUACGCUCUCCCCUACCUCAGCCUUGAAUCAACAUGGGGCUUUGUGCUUGAAAACGAUGGAGAAGUAGUAGGGUACACUCUCGGCGCCUUCGACACCCGCAAAUUCGAGGAGAGUGCAGAAGCGGGCUGGUGGCCCUCGCUCAGAGCCCGUUAUACACCCCUGCUGCAAGACUCUGACGCAGCCCUCACGCCUGCAGAUAAAGCUUAUAUCAACACCAUAAUCACCUUCCCAAGAGCAAGCGAUGCAAUGAUGGCGUUCGCACCUGCCCAUCUGCACAUCGACAUUCUGCCAAGCCAUCAGCGGCAGGGAUGGGGGCGGAAGUUGAUCGCACGCGCGAUGGAGAAUUUGAAAGAAAAUGAUGUAAAGAGCGUUUGGUUGGGCAUGGAUCCAAAGAAUACAGAGGCGGCUGCAUUUUAUUCCCGAUUGGGUUUCAGGAAGUUCGAGGGCGCAGAGGAGGGCAUUAUGGGUGUCACAGUGCAUGAGUGGGAGGAGCAUGCUGUUUAAAGUUCAACUGCGAAUACAACGGUUCUUGAUGACGCUGAUACUGGGCACUCCUAGCGAACAUUUCAAUUGUGGAGCCAAAUAUCCGAGAUGUGGUAAGCUAGAUGCUAUCCACUCAAAGGCGGCGCUGAUUGCGUCCCGUCAGUGAUUGAUCUAAGAAAUGAGCCUCAGCAUUAUGUGCUCACUGGUGCAAAUCUGUGACCUACCCAUCCAAUCGCAAGUCGUAGACUUGAUCGUGACGAAUCCCCGUGCUUUGUGUAGCUAUUUGAGGGACGU